AUGGGAUCCUUUGGUUCGGGAUCCAUUUAUCGCCCGCUUGGCAGGCUGCUUCUGUUCCAAAAAUCAGUCAAGGGGAGCGUUGAAGUCGCGCAAGAGUCAGAGUCUUUAAAGGGAGAUUAUGUGUCCGCAGUGACGUUGCGGAACCGGCUGGUUAGCGAGCUCAGCAUCCUUCGAGAGGGUAGAGCUUCAUAUGCUCAGGGUGCAACUUCCGAUGAUUUCGAACCGAGAGUUGAGGGUUUACUAACCUGUGUAACGAGUGCCUCAACUCGAAUAGAGGAACCGGAGACGAGUACCGAGGAGCGCUCGCAGCCCGUAGAGGCUGUCGAGUUUGUCGCUGCUGCGCAGCUCGCUCUAAGCGUUUCUUCGGCGGACCAGGACGCCACCAUCACUGAUUCCGAAGGGUCGACAUCCGUCAUUGAUUCGUGGUCGUCGGACUCCGAGGUUGAGCAGGUAUGCAGCCCUGACGACGUCGCAGCAACGUUGCUCGAUGGAGUGCACCGUGGACCCAUAGACACGAAUACUUCAAGCGGCGCCAACAUUCCUGGAUUAUCGACGAGCUCACGAAACCCAUUGCGGCCUCAAGACGAACUCGUCUGGUUAAAGCUCGCAGAGAUUCUGCAUGUUCCCGAUGAGGAUCGGAAGUAUUUCGCGCUCAUCGCGGAGAAACGAGAUCAGUGGCUCCAUGGUGGCGAUGAUCAGUGGCCAGAUGCCUCGUUUCCGCCGGAUAUUCAUUGCUUCAUGGACUCUCCGGCAGAUUGCCAUGGACAUGACCGGAAAGCUGGCGCGCGUUCCAGUGUCUGA